GGCGGGGCCGGCGGCGCGGCGGCGGGCUCGGAGUUCGGUGGCGGGGUUGCCUGAUAGGGCCGCGACGUCGAGCGGCGGGCUCGCUUGUGGCGUGGCGGCCGCGGGGGUUCCCGGUCUGGGCGGUGGCGUGCUGGCGCGGAUCCGGCCCGAUCCUCCCGGAUCCGGCUCCUGGAUGGCGGCGGGCGGCGCGGGGCGGUGGCCGAGGUCGGUCUUGACCUCGGAGUGGGGUGGUCUGCAGCGGCGUUGCUGCGGCCUGGUGGUUGUCCGAUCUGCUCGCGGCAACGGCGGCUCUCUCUGGCGGCGGUUCGUCUGCGUCGGACUCGGUCGUGCUAUGAUGGCUUGCAAGAUAGCCGUGGAGGAGCGCAUGGGCUGUCAAGCUAUGUGGUUACUCGGCGGGUACAAAACCGUUCAACUGACGUCCCGACAUGAGGGCUCUUAUCUGCGUUGCCGCUUGUCGUUGAGCCCCUCCUCCUUAUCCAUGUGGCUGUCGUGCUCCUACGCGCAGGCAUCCUUGGUCAAGAAGAAGCUCCGCAACGGAUCAGUGUCUGCCUAGUUAUGUAGAUUAGGCUAAGUUUAAAUA